GUAGCGGAAAAGCAACACAUGACAAUUAAAACGCCACAAAAUCCAUAUGGGAUAUUUUCCCAACAGGAGCGAAAAUCUGUUUGCACUUCAGCAACGGCAGCAUAAGCAUUCCACCUUCAUAUGUCCAUCGACAUGAGAUGAGGGAGCCGGUGACAAGCUGUGCGUCGCCAUGUGCAAACGAGAUUUGCUUUUGAUAAGGUCACAUGACCACUACCACGGGAUUCUGCGAGUAAUGUAAAUGAAUGGUUAGAGGAGCGAAAAUGGAAGUUGUGCCUCGCGAAAUCCGUGAUUUACAGCACGGGGGAAACUUCAACGCUUAACUAACUGGAUAAUUUUUCGUUGAAGAUAUGUUUUUUUUCGCAGGGCUAUUGUCGCAUGUGUAUUCUCCGCCGAAUGAGUUCUUCCCGAACAAACCGCACGCGUAGCGGUGGUAUCGAUUCGCAAGGCUCGAGUUUGUAGGAAAUAUUCCAUUGACAAGCCGUCUCGCUGGGAAGUCAGCUGGCUGCUUACCGUAGACCUCCGCCGUAACUUUACUUCCAGGUAGUCUUCACGGAGCUGCUGCCGAGCCCAUUGGUAAAGCCAGAUGGUGUACGCCGCACCGCCAGGCAGUUCCUCCACGCUGAGGUACGUGAUUUAGGCAGGUACGCCUAAAAUGGAUCUCAGAAGGCGUGUUCACCUAUCAUUCAUCGCGGAUCUUGGCACAGCCACUUCUGAGUUGUCUAAUUCACAACUCUGUUGCCGUACCAUUAUGUGAGAGAGUACGAGAUAUACCAAAUUGCUUUGUUUCACCUGUGCAUGGGAAUAUUGGAUAAUAUGUAAGGUUAGGCUGUGCGGCAAGUAUGGCUGAAGAAUCUAGUGGUCUCCGACGCCAGCUGAGCGUCAAGGAACGAAAGAAGGAAGAAAAUGAGAGGGAGGAAGAAGAAGAAAGUGAUGAGAAGAAAAGUAAAGAUGUGGAGGCACAAAACAAUUCCGAUGGUGAUGAUCGGGAAGAGGAAGAGGAAGAGGAAAUACCCUUUCCCGGAUUUCCAGCGAAAUCAUUCUUAAUUUUCAAGCAAACUAACAAGCUUCGCUUCGUCUGCCUGAAGACCAUCACAAAUCCAUGGUUCGAGCGAUGCAGCAUGAUGGUCAUUCUACUCAACUGUCUCACCCUUGGAAUGUACAAGCCCUGCGAGGACCAAGUGUGCACCACCACCAGGUGCCUUGUUCUGGAGGGAUUUGACCAUUUCAUAUUCGCAUUUUUUGCUGUGGAGAUGGUAAUCAAAAUGAUUGCAAUGGGUGUUUGCGGAAAGGAUACCUACCUUGCUGAUUCCUGGAACAAGUUAGACUGCUUUAUAGUUCUAGCCGGAGCUGUGGAAUAUGGCAUCGAUACAGAAAACCUCAGCAUAUCUGCAAUAAGAACAAUCCGUGUGCUUCGUCCAUUGAGGGCCAUCAACAGAAUACCCAGCAUGCGUAUCCUGGUGAUGCUCCUCCUCGACACCCUCCCCAUGCUGGGGAAUGUUCUCUUGUUGUGUUUCUUCGUCUUUUUUAUAUUCGGGAUCAUCGGUGUACAGUUAUGGGCAGGGGUGCUACGAAACAGAUGUUUUUUAGAUAUUGGGGAAAAUAUUACAUAUGUACAUAAUCUGAACUGGUUUUACCAGCCUAAGAAGGGUGAUUACAUCUGCAGCAAGGCGGGAAUGUCAGGGAUGCGGACUUGCGGGGAAAUACCGCCAUUUGAAUUUGAAGGAUUUAAGUGCAAUGGUACUGCCAAGGAAUACAGCAAUAACACGCCAACAUCCGAGUCCUGCGUCAAUUGGAAUCAGUAUUAUUCAACAUGUCAACCUGGAGACAAGAAUCCAUUCCGGGGAGCUAUAUCAUUUGACAAUAUAGGAUUAGCAUGGGUAGCUAUUUUUCAGGUGAUUUAGAAAGCUGGGUGGGUGAAUAUUAUGUACUAUGUUCAAGACGCUCAUUCUUUCUGGGACUGGACUUACUUCGUUGCUCUCAUUGUGAUUGGCUCAUUUUUUAUGAUCAACCUGUGUUUAGUUGUCAUAGCAACUCAAUUUUCUGAAACCAAGAAACGAGAGACUGAGCGGAUGCUGCAAGAGAGAAAGCGUUACCAGUCUUCAAGCACUAUAGCAAGCAACUCCGAACCAGGGGGCUGUUACUCGGAGCUCUUGAAACUUCUUGUGCAUUACGGCAGGAGAGCAAAACGGAAACUUAUACGAUAUUAUUAUAGAAAUAGAGGCAAAAGGCAGCGAAAAGUUAACCCAGAAAAAGCUAUAUCUUUACGCAAGAAGAAAAACAGGAAGAAAGGUAUUCAAACAGUGUAUUUACAUCAACCUCAUCAUCAACAUCAUCAUCACCACCACUUGAACAUCGUGACACCGGAUAUCUUCCCCUCUCGGGCCGCUUCUUUGGAUAGUGCACAAGCUCCACGUGCCAGUCCUGAGGCUUCGGAUGUGGAUCCUAUAUCAUCACCACGACGACCCAACUUCUUAAUGUUACCGAGUAACAACAAUAGUCUUAAUCCUUCUUCGGAAUCCUUAAACACAUUGCCGUAUGCAGCAGAGGCUUUGACACCGACGUUGUUCAAACCCCUACCCUCGCCCAACCACCUCACUGCCAAUUAUUCUUUGAGUCGAACAUCGUCCUUUAAUUGCGGGGCUAUGGGUAGUGCCAAAAAUAUGCCCUCUCUCCCUGAGGUUCUCGAUGCGCAUGGCGCAAAGAACGCUGCCCUUGCCGCCUCAAAUUUACUGCUGAAUGUCGACACUGAUACCAAUAAACUCCAAUCGCUUGUAGAUAAAGGCCUAUUUGCAGAUCAUCUGCUUGUGGAUAUUGUUGGCGAGAAACGAGUGUCGUGCGUGUCUCAGAGUGAGUGUGAUACCACCCAUAACAGCCAUACACACUCCGAGUAUGAGUUGAGUGACAGCGAGAAAAAUAACGACAGCGAUUCGGAUUUUGAUUGGAAAGAAGAAUCAGAACCAACCAAAAAACAGACAAAUAAGAGGAAAUGCAACAUAUCUUGCAUUGCACAUUGGAUCAACAAAUUCACCAGUUUCAUGGUUAAGUUUGUAGAGUGCAAAUUUUUCCAGCGUGGCAUCCUUGGGGCUAUCUUGCUCAACACCCUCAGCAUGGGGUUGGAGUACCACAAGCAGCCUGACGAGCUGACUCUGAUACUCGAGUACAGCAACAUCGCAUUCAGCGUCCUCUUUGGUGCAGAGAUGCUGUCCAAGCUGUUGGCCUAUGGCCUGUAUGGGUACAUCAGCGAUGGAUUCAACGUCUUCGAUGGGUUCAUAGUCAUACUCAGUAUCGUGGAACUUGCCCAGGGUGGCGCCAGUGGACUGUCUGUCCUUCGUACAUUCCGUUUGUUACGUAUUCUCAAGCUAGUGCGCUUCUUGCCGGCACUCCGGCGCCAACUAGUGGUCAUGCUACGUACCAUGGACAAUGUGGCCACUUUCUUUGCACUUCUUCUUCUGUUUAUGUUCAUAUUCAGCAUCUUGGGAAUGAACUUGUUUGGCUGUAAGUUCUGUACUGAAAAACAAGGCAGGCGACAAUGUGAUCGCCGGAAUUUUGAUUCCCUUCUCUGGGCGAUUAUAACUGUCUUUCAGGUAUUGACACAGGAGGAUUGGAACACUGUGUUAUAUAACGGCAUGGAUAAAACAUCUCCAUGGGUCCUGUACUUCAUUGCUUUAAUGACAUUUGGAAACUAUGUACUUUUCAAUCUUCUUGUUGCCAUCUUGGUGGAGGGAUUUUCAACAGAGGACGACGAGAAGAAGAAGGAUAAGGCUAAAGAAAUGGUGGAACAAGAACUGGAGGAGAAGGAGAAACAGAGGCUGGCGGAGAAUAACAACAUUGAUGAUGCUCAAAAGGAUAAAGACAAACUCAACAGUAGUGAGGUUGAUGUCAAGAAUAACAAAGAAAAAGAGAAGAAAAUGCUUGCUCUUCCCCCUCCUGUCGCAGUCACCAAGGAGGACAACACAGCACAGGUUGUGAUGGCGGCGCCACCACAACCUGAUGGCCCUCUAAAUCCACCAAUCAUAACACACACUGCAGCCACGCCCAUGGCAACACCUCAGGGAUCGCCCAAUGAGAGUGCUCUUAAAGACAUCAACAACAAGCUAGCUGUAUCCAUGGGCCGUAGUAUCCAACGUAGCACACUUUCAGUAGAAUCCGAGCGAACAUCGACAAGCCUCAGUUUCCGAGGUUCUCCCCGACCCUCCCAACUUCGCCGGACCAGUAGCCGUGGAAGUCAGCGCAGCAGCAGCUGGCGCCUGAAACAUCGGCGCCGUGACGCUGAGAAGACCAGUCUUGUUGUGGACAGCCAGUCAGACAGCGGAGACGAUCUCGAUGACGAUGUGUUUACACUGAACCAAUCUCAGUCCCCAACCUACACACCGGGAACCCCCAGAACCCCCAACAAUCAUGGCUACUCUGUCACAUAUUUCUUCAGUGAUUGCAAUGGCCACCCACCCCUCAACAACCAAAGAACACUUAGUCCCCAGAAUUCAGUCAAGGGUCACAAGGCUCUCACGCCCAAGAACUCCAUCAAGAGCAACCACAGCUGGAGUCGCAACAAUUCCGUCAGUAGCAGUCGUAGUAUUUGCAACUCCUUUGAACUCAGUAGACAGAACUCGUUCACAAGCCACCGAACUCUCAACUCCAUGGGCAGUGGAGCCUCCAAGGAGGAGUACAAGCCUAACAACCUGAGUGAUCCCCCUGAGGUCAAGGUCAGCUGUGAUAAGGAAGACUUUGAAGGAGAGGAGGAUCCAGAUGCCAUGGAUGAGACUGACUGGAACUGUUCCUGGUUACCUGAGCCGAAAGGAUGUUUCAAAACUCGGAGAGAAUACAGCCUCUACCUCAUGUCAAUGGACAACUUCUUGAGGAAAAUAUGCCACCAUCUGAUCUCACGGAAGUGGUUUGACAACUCUGUGUUGUUCUUUAUCGCUCUCAACUGCAUUACGCUCGCCAUGGAGAGGCCGGACAUUCCACCAGAGAGUGUGGAGCGUCAGUUUCUCACAAUAUCCAACUAUGUCUUCACUGUCAUAUUUGCAGUUGAAAUGGUGCUCAAGGUUAUAGCUAAGGGUUUCUUUGUGGGUAAGCAUGCCUAUCUAAAGAGUGGUUGGAACGUGAUGGAUGGCUUCCUGGUGAUUAUCUCCCUUGUCGAUAUCCUCAUCUCUCUAGUUGCCAACAGCAGUCCCAGAAUCUUUGGCAUCCUGCGUGUUUUCAGGCUGCUUCGUACUUUGAGACCACUCAGAGUCAUCAGUCGAGCCCCUGGUCUGAAACUAGUUGUACAGACACUAUUAUCAUCACUUCGUCCCAUCGGAAACAUUGUUCUCAUCUGUUGUACAUUCUUCAUCAUCUUCGGAAUUCUUGGAGUGCAAUUGUUCAAGGGCACAUUCUACUACUGUAAAGGUCCACCGGGGCUUGUCAAGGACAUCAGGAACCGCACACAGUGUGAAAACGACACACGCUUUGUAUGGAUCAAUCGGAAAUACAACUUUGACAACCUGGGUCAGGCGCUGAUGGCUCUGUUUGUUCUGGCAUCUAAAGAUGGUUGGGUUAGCAUCAUGCAUACCGGACUGGAUGCUGUCGGGAUAGAUGAACAACCUAUAGAAAACUACAACGAGUGGCGAUUAUUGUACUUCAUUUCCUUCCUGCUGCUUGUUGGAUUCUUUGUCUUGAACAUGUUUGUCGGCGUUGUGGUAGAAAACUUUCACAAGUGCCGAGAAUCACAAGAGAUGGAAGAAAGAGCUGUACGAGCUGAAAAGCGCCAGCAGAAAUUGGAACGUAAACGAAAGAGUGAGGACCCUAAGAAUCUCUCUGAGUUGAGUGAACCUCCUUACUGGGCUCCAUACUCUCGGCCACGUCUGCUCAUUCAUACUGUCAUCAACAGCAAAUACUUUGACCUUGCAAUCGCUGGGGUCAUUGGGCUCAAUGUCAUCACCAUGGCAAUGGAAUAUUACAUGAUGCCUCAGGAGCUGCAGUUUGCUCUGAAGAUCUUCAACUAUUUCUUCACCAGUGUCUUCAUCCUUGAAGCUAUCAUGAAAAUAGUAGCACUUGGAUUCCUCCGAUAUAUGAGAGACAGAUGGAACCAGCUGGAUAUGUUGAUUGUCAUCCUGUCCAUAUUUGGCAUCAUCCUGGAAGAGAUGGAAACCUACAUCAUUCCAAUCAACCCUACCAUCAUCCGUGUCAUGCGAGUACUUCGCAUUGCAAGAGUGUUGAAGUUACUGAAGAUGGCCAAGGGUAUCCGUGCCUUGCUAGAUACUGUGAUACAAGCAUUGCCUCAGGUGGGCAACCUCGGGCUGUUAUUCUUCCUACUGUUUUUCAUAUUUGCUGCGCUGGGUGUGGAGCUCUUCGGAAGGCUAGAGUGCUCCCAGUUCCACCCUUGUGAGGGUCUUGGAGAACAUGCUCACUUCCGGAACUUUGGUAUGGCAUUCCUGACACUCUUCCGUGUGGCUACGGGUGAUAACUGGAAUGGAAUAAUGAAGGACACAUUGAGAGACAACUGCGACUCCACGGACAACUGUCUGCGGAACUGUUGCGUCAGUCCCAUCAUCGCCCCAGUCUACUUUGUCGUGUUUGUACUUAUGGCCCAGUUCGUCCUUGUCAAUGUAGUCGUGGCGGUGCUAAUGAAACACCUCGAGGAGACGUACAAGUAUAAAGAGUUGGAUGACGAGGUUGAGGAGGAAUUACGCCUUGAGAUGGCAGCACGCAAUGAAAAACUGGCAGAAAUGAUAGAAAUGAAGGAAUCACAUCGCAACUUCACGGAGGAAGAUGAUGAUGUUGCUGCCAUCACUGAUGGUGGAGUGCCAGAUCAGAAGCUGGAAGAUGAGACCAAUGGUGACAAGAAAAGCUCAGAAAAAAGCUCAGAGGAAAAUAUUGAGCAGUCACCAGAAGCACAGCCCCAGGAUGAAGUUGAAGGUCUGACCGUUAAGAUCCCGGACGACAACCCUGCUGUCACAGUGGCCCCGAGUUUCACCUUCAGUGUCCGGCCGUCCAGCGAGGAACAGUCACAGGCAGAAGAUGACACCCACAAUUUGUCCCCUGCCAAAAUUGCCAUCACAGUGGUGAGCAUGGAGCACCAGGUUGGAACAGUCCCGGCACCCAUCAUCGUACAUCCAUGUUCCCCGAGUAACCGAUCUAUCCUGGACAAGUUGGACUCACCGCCGAUGAUGAGGGCGAAGAUCCCAAGUCCUCCUGUGUCGAGGAUGGACAAGAGGUUGCUGUCAGAUGGGAGGAAUCUUGCCACAUCUUCCCGGCAAGGCAGACGCCCACUUGUUAAGCAGUACAGUGUGGACAUAGGUUCAGGGAAUCAGCUUCAUGGUAGUGUUCCCUCCGUCUGGCAGACAUUCGAGGACGAGGUGAAGAAAGCCCAGCCCAAGGGUUUCUCCCAGUCUCAUCCCACCUUGCCUGUGAAGCAGGAAUCUCUGCAGCAGUGUCCUGAGCCAGAGUUUGAUUCCCCGAAACAUCGUUUGUUAAAAAAACACAUGCUGAGAAGCAGAAGUAGUGGUGCCAAGUACAGUCGGUUCAGGGACAAGUAUCUCCACCGAGCGUUAUCGAGCUCAGACACAACAGGAACUGACACUGUGGCGAGUCCCUUAGUACGGACCUCAACAACAAAAACGUCAGACACGAAUAUCACGCACUCUAAGGAUGAAAUGAAAACACAACAGAGUAGUGGGGAAACUGGUUCUGACUUGGAUGAUUCUUUAAUCAACGAUUGGGCAGAGUUGGAAGCUGCUUGUGACGAGGAGGUGAUGAAAAUUACAGGAGAUGACGACGACGAUGAUGACGUGAGACCAACAUUGACUUCAUUGAACUCGUGUUCCUAUGCAUCUGAAUGCCAAGAAGACAGUUAUCCAUUUGAUUCAUCGAAUUCAAGUUCAAAUUUAGUCCAAGACUCUGAAAAAGACUCGCCAUUAACUGACAGUGAGCAGAUCGGUUGCCAUUCCAAUUUUAAGACAGAGGAGGACCCGUUGGUGGGUAUCACCUCGUUAUCAGGGGUCCAUAUACAGAUGCCUGAUUUGACUACUUGCCAGCCAGGCAUUGAUAAUUCCAGUUUCGAACUGGGUGAGGGUUCUCUCAGUCCACCCAACGAGCCUUCCGUGUCUCAAUGUACUGAAACUUUGUUAUGUGUUCCGAGGAUCAUGCUAGAUGGCGCCACUGUUGACACUCCUGACCUGUCCUCGGUUUCACAUGACCAUGUGGACGACAGGUCACAUAGCAAUGAACCUGAAAUGUGCGAGCAGAGCGGAAGCUAUGAACAUCAUGAAUAUGUUUGACGAAUGUCAACUCCAACUUGUGUUUUUUGUGUGCCAGUUUUAGUGAGUGAAUAAUGUGUGAAUUUGAAUUACACAUGGCAUUAUGUUUAUGAAGAUAUAUACAUUCUUUCAAAACGAUGGAGAUUAACUCUGAAACAAGGUCGUGGAGAGAGCAGCGUGAAAUUUUCAUUUGACGGUUAUGAAAAUGAUUGUUUGAUUCCGGUUCAAGGUUGUAUGAUUGUCCUUGUACAAACAGUGUGAUUUUUUAUUUUUUAUUUUUUUUUUUUUAAAUGUUUAAUUUCUUGGAUGUGGAUGCUGCAUCGGUUCUGAUGUGAAAUGGACAAUCGUAUGUGUCAUGUAUAAUCCUGAUUGAUGCCAGUGAAAUUAACAAUGUACAAGAAAAAUAAAUUAAGUGUGGUUACAAUCAC